AUGGGUAGUAUCAAACGCACCAAGACCAAACGUCGCACCCGCGACCUUGAUCAAGUCAAAGCCGACCUCAAAUCACCCCGACAUCUUGCUCUACACAAGGGUCUUAAAGCCUCCGAGGACCUGCCCGGACUGGGCGCCUUCUAUUGUGUCGAAUGCGCCAAAUAUUUCUCAGACAGCCACAAUCUGAACGAGCAUAGGAGAGGGAAGAAUCACAAGAGACGUGUCCGAAUGCUCAAGGAGGAGGUACACACUCAAAGACUUGCAGAUGCAGCCGUAGGCUUGGGCACAGACAAACGUCACUCUCAUUCCUCGGAAAACGCUCCAGACAACGAGACUAUGAAAGACAUGGAACAUUGA